GUCAAUGGCACGGUUUUUAUGUACCGAGCGGGUGUAUUUGGGUCGUACAUGUACAUUUGUUUGUGGUCUCAAAAGUUAAAUGUAUGCCAAAAAACAAAAAGUAAUUAAUGAAGUUUAGUUAAAGGCAUUUUGUUUCUGUUAUUGGGUUUGGAUCUAUUUUAAACAGAUGUAUAAAAAAUUAACCCUGUUGCUUUCGAUUUUACUUCCUACUACUACUAGUAUUACUUUUAGUAGUAUUUCAAGUUGUAACUUGUAGUCCUAGGCUUGCCUUAGCUUGAUUAGUCUAGGCCCCAGCUCUAAACUGUGUAACACUAACUACUCUACCAUUAGUGAGUUUGGCUAUCUGGCAUGAAUAUAUUUAUCAUUGUGCAUUUACAAUACCGAUAAAAUUAAACUUAGUUGUUGUUAGUGUUAUUGUUUCUUUUAAAAUGUAUAAAUAUUUAAUAAAAAUGGUGGUGUAUUUUUUUUACCAGUCAUAACUUUUCAAAUGGUUUCAUAGGUUUUCAUCUGUAAAAUUAAAAAUGAAUGAACAGUAUAGGGAGUUGAUUGGUGAACUGAGACCAAAGUUUGUACGUUGUGUGGAUACAGAUUGUCUUAUACCUUGUUUGAAAGCUAAUGGAACACUGAGUUUUGAUGAUGUUAAUGAUGUGUGUAAUCAAGAAAGUACAACAGCAAAGGCAGAAAAACUGUUAGAUAUUUUGCAAAACAAAGGUAGCCAAGCUUUUCAAAGUUUGUGUGUUGCACUUGAAACAACCUAUCCUCAUCUGUUGACAGUGAUGUUUUUAGGAAGUACUCAGAAAAUGGGAGGAGAAGGUAAAGAUGGCCAGUUUACUAGGAGCAGAAACACUAUGCCACUCAGGCUACUAGAUUCUUCUCAAAGUAGCUUGACCUCCUUGAGGUCACUGAGUUGUGAUCAGGAAGUCAUGCGGAGAGAGCUUCACAAGAUACAUGGAGACAAGGAAAUGGUGCAUAGGCGUCUUACUGUUACUGGAGAUAGUUUGGGAUCAGGCCUUGGUACAUUACUGAAAACUCAUAAUUUAGCCAUGAGCACAAGUGACCGAUCACUCAGCAGUGCUGGAAGAGACUAUAUGCAUGAUCUUCAGUUGUAUGACACAGACCUGUCACAUCCCCUAUGUCGAGAUAGUGCUGGACAACAGGGAGAACACAGCAUAAGAGAAAAUGAAUUUUACCACAAUAAACACAAGAGUAAAGGAGAUGAACAUAGGCAGGAGACAGUGAUCUUGAAGAAACAGUAUAGUGAGCUUCUGGCUGACAAGCAUCGUCUUGAGCAGGAAGUUGCACGACUCCAGAGGUUCCGAGAGGAAGAUCGUAAAGAGGUAGCAGAACUCCGGCGACAGCAGCAGGACUCACUGGCCAAAAGUGGAAGUGGUGAAGCUGCUAACCAACUGUAUCUUACCAUUGUUCGUAAAUGUGAAGCUGUGAAAGAAGAGUAUGAUGCCCUUCAUAAGCGUUAUGCUGAUCUGGUUGCAUCACAUAGUGCUGCUUUUUCUAAACUAGAAUUAACACAAGAAGAAAAUGCUCGUCUGAGGAAGUCUUAUGAUGAUGCGCUUCAUGAAAGAAACGCAGCUUUGCAUGAAAGAAAUGGCUUACAACAGCAAUGCACUGCAGCUAUUCGUCAGUGGGAUAAUGCUCUCAGAGAGAGAAAUGAAGCUCGAGAACAGUUGGCAAAGGUUCAACAACAGCGGGAUGAUGCUAUGAAAGAAAUUAACCAGGCUAUGGCAGUCCGUAUGAAAGCAACAAAAGAUCUAGCCCGUUUAACAGAAGAGAGAAAUGCAGCUGUUCAAGAAUACUCCUUAAUAAUGUCAGAACGUGACCAAGUGCAUAAAGAGAUUGAAAGAUUACAAGAGGAGUUAGGAGAGGCUCAAAAACGAUGUUCUGCAGCUGUAGGACAGCAAAAAACUUCCAUGGAAGAGGUGGAAAGUUUACGACGUGAAAUUUCCUCUGCACUGCAGGACAGAGAUAGAGCUCUGAAGGAGUGUAAUGACUUGCGAGAAAAGUAUGGAGACUAUGAAACUGGCCGAGAAGAAAGUCAGCAUGGUCAAGAUUGGAUUGGUUGGAAGUUUGAUAAAUGUUGGGAGAAAUAUGACCUAGAAACAAUUGGAAAGGAACAAGAACAGGAAAGAGAUUAUAGGUUGACACAAAGGGAGAGUCCCAAAAAAUCUCAUGCUUCUGAGUUAGAUAACUUGGAUCAAACAACAGAGGAGAUUGAAGUUCUUCGUAAACAAGUAGAAAAGCUUCAAACAGAAUUAGCAGAAGCACAACAGGAAGCAGAGGUUUGUAAACGAAGAAGAGACUGGGCUUUCAGUGAGCGGGACAAAAUUGUUCUUGAAAGAGAAAGUAUUCGCACACUUUGUGAUAAACUUCGUCGAGAACGAGAUAGAGCAGUUAGUGACUUAGCUGAAGCACUUCGAGACUCUGAUGACAUUAAAAGGCAAAGAAAUGAAGCACUGAAAGAAGUGAAGGAGCUUAGGGAGAAGAUUGAAGCCCAGUUAGAAAAAGAGUCUCGCAUGAAGCAAUUGAAUUCAAUUGGUAACACUCACAGUAGGGAUUCUGCUAUUGAAACAGAUCUUCAAGAACUGGAGAUGGAAACAUUGGAGAUUAAUAUCAGAGGGACCAGUAAAGAUGACAUUGGAUUUGACAUAGGUGGUGGUAAAGAUGAUCAGCAUUAUCCUAGUGAUCCAUCAGUGUAUAUAACAAGUGUGAUGAAAGGAAGCCCAGCUGAUGGAAAGUUAAGGACGAAUGAUUGUAUACUAAAUAUAAAUGGAGUUGAUGUGACAUCAGUAGAAAGACACGUUGUCUGGGAGGCUCUUCGCGGUGGAGAAGGAAACUUAACAUUAGUUGUACGUAGACGACAGUUCACAAGCAACAGAAUUUACCAGACUGUAAAUUUGUUGGCCUCAGGCAGUUUGGAACAUGGAAUAACUCUUAAAGGAGGAGUGUAUGUAAGCCGUAUUGAACCAGGGUCAUUGGCAGCAAGGGAAGGGACUGUUUCUGUGGGGGAUCGUGUACAUUCUAUCAAUGGGAAGCUGGUAAGCAGUACCCAGUCCAUAUUGGAAGUCCAACACAUGCUGGAUAGUGCUGGUCCACACAUUAUUCUUCAGAUAGUGAAGUACUUCUCUGCCAGUAGCUCUCCUCCAAGUUCAGCCUCAAGUGGACAUAACUUAAUGGACAAAGAAGGGGGCCCACGCUAUAAUCAAGAGCACAGAAGUCUACCAUCUUCUCCAAGAAAACAACAUACUUUAGUUGAAGAUAUGGAUGAACACAGAAUAAAGUUGAGGUCAAGUGGAGUUCAGACUGAACAGGGACAGUUUGUUCCUUCUUAUGUGAGUGACUGCACACAAACCUCCCGAAAGAAGCAUCAUAGCGAGAGCAGAUCUUAUGGACCUACAUCUCAGUCCACUCUCUUGGACAAAGCCUACCACAAGAUCUUUGGAGACAGGCGACAUAAUAAAGAAAAGAAAUCAAGUCAUGCCUCCAGUAUUUCUCACAGCUAUACACUGGAAGAAGAUCCUAUUGCAGAGUUAGACUCUGUGCUAGAUCAUUACAGUAAACCUAGUAAGAAAUGGAAAGCUCGAGAACACACAGGUGGAACGUGGCCUAAAUACAAAGGUCCUCCUAUUGAUUUUAGUAAUAUUAACACUGUCACUACUCUUCAGACACAAAAACGAAAAGAAAGGAAGUCAUUAGCUAAUGUAACAAAACAGUUAAGUGUGUUUGAACCACCAACACACUGCAUCACAAAUCCAUCAUCACAGUCACAUGUAUCUCACCUUCAUACUGAAAAGGAGAUUCGUAGUCAAGAAAGUCCUAUUAUUGACAGAUUUACAUCACCUGAUCAUUCGCCUGUUAUCUCUCCUCCAUCCAGUUUACCUGUGUCUUCCAGUGCAGCUUCUCCUUAUAUGAUGGCCUUGUCAUCAGGUCCACUAAAAGCAAAUAUAAGUAAUCGUAGUUCAGAUCAUUUGGAUGUACGCUUCAAUAGUCCAACAUCACCAGAAUCCUGUUUGGACUAUUCAGUGGUAUCAGCUCACCGAGACAAAGAUGUCCUAGAGUAUUAUAAAAAUAAAGGAAGACAACGACCUAGGUCAGCACAUUAUGGCGUGAUCAAUAGUGAGUGUUUAAACCCAGCCACUCCAGUUUCAUUAAGGUAUGGGAAAACCCUUUCUUCUCCUUUAGAAGCAAAUGCUUAUAUUUGUACUGACAGUUUAGUUCUUACAUCUCCUAUUGCAGAACGAAACUUGGUGCUUAAGAAUUCAAGCCACUUAUACCCUAACCCAGUACCUCUUGGAGUUGGAGGAAAUGUUGCUACACAGAAUAUAUUUUAUACUUUAAGUAGUGGGCAGAGAGGGCCUCCUCAUCCACACCCUCAUCAUCCUCAUUCUUCCAGCCCUAUGUGUGUGCCUCUCCCCACUUCCUCUCGUUACUCCUCUCCACAAGAGCUCUCUGUAUUUUCUUCCCGUAGUGGAGAUUCUCUUUUAAGUGGUUCAACUACAGAAUCAGGCUCUGUGGCUGAACCCCAGAGUUAUAGUGGAAGGUAUGGUGUUAAAGACAGUGGACACUACAGCUUCAGUCCCUCUCCACCUGGCUGUCCCUCCCAGUAUAGUUAUGCUGGACCUUCCCCAACCCAAAGUCUAGAGUUUCAUCAUUUUCAUCCUAUUACAGUUUCUACUCAGCACCCCAAACAUCUGGUGCCUGUACAUUCUCACAUCCACGAAGGGUUCAGGAGUGAGGAUUCUUGUUCAACCUCACCUUACAAUGGAUUAUCAACUUUUCCUAAAAGAAACCAGAGAAUAAGAAUUCCUUCAACUCCUAGUGUAGCAUCAAAGUCUUCAGCUGGGAAAAUGUCUACCAGUUCGAUAGAAAAAGCAUUGUCCAUGUCAGAACGUAGUAGUCCUGUUCCUCCAGUCACAGUUCAGUGGUUGAGUUCAGGCAGUACAGACAACCUGGGAAUGGCAGAUAGGGUUCGUAAAGUAAAACCAGGAGACUUAAGAAGGAUUUUUAUUGAACGGAGCUCAGAGGUUCCCCUUGGUAUCAACAUAAGUGGAGGAGCAAGUCAAGGCAUCUUCAUAUCUCCAAUAAGUGAGAACAGUUUAGCUGGACAAGCUGGUUUACAGUAUGGUGAUCAGUUGCUUGAGGUAUGUGGGAUUAACAUGAGGAGUGCCACAUAUCAACAAGCAUCUAAUGUUCUGCGUCAGUGUGGUCACAGCAUCACCAUGCUUGUACAGUACAAUCCUGACAAAUAUAGAGAAAAAAUAUCAGAGCCAAGCAGUCCAGGCAGUGAUCAUACUCCUCCUGCUUCACCUCAGUAUCACACUCGUUUGUCCUACAUUGAUGCCAUGAAGCUUUCAAAUGAUGAUUUGCCUAGUUCAACUACAUCCACACUAACAAGACAAAAAGUGUCAAGUCCCAAAGGUAAAGAUAGACCAGGUGGAUCACGGUCAUCAGAGAUUGAACCUCGUAUGGUAGUGCUAAAAAAAACCACAUCCAACCUUGGUAUCAGUCUUCUUGGUGGAAAUGCAGUUGGUAUAUUUGUUCAUGAUAUCCAAGAUGAUUCUCCUGCUGUAGGUCCCAGUGGCUUACUUCCUGGUGACCAGAUAUUAGAGUACAAUGGAGUGGACUUGAGGAAUGCCACAGCAGAGGAGGCUGCAUAUGAGUUAGCUAAACCAGCAGAUACUGUCACUGUUAUGGCUCUUUACAAUACAGGCAAAUACAUGGAAGUCCAAGACAAGCCAGGAGAUUCAUUUUACAUUAGAGUUUUGUUUGAUCGACCAUCUAUUGAUGGUUCUCUGUUACUUCACAAGGAUGACAUAUUAUUUGUGGACAAUACAAUGUACAACAGUACCUGUGGUCUUUGGCGAGCAUGGGUCCUUGACCAGGAUGGACAGAAAAUCAAAUGUGGAUUCAUCCCCAGUAAGAGCAAGGUUGAAGAAGAGUUAAUGAUGCCUCGGAACCUAGCAGACCUGGAGGGUAACGAUGGAACACGAAGAGGCUCAACUUCAGCCAGAAGGAGUUUCUUUCGGCGGAGGCGACACCACCGUAGUAGCUCACGAGAUAGUAAAGAAUUAGCUUCCUUUUCUGAUGUCUCUAUUAAUAGUUGCAGUGAUUCAGGAACCUUAGCUGAAGAAUUGGUACCCCCAACAUAUCAGAGGGUUGAACGGCUUGAUUAUCUGACAAUGCGUCCCGUCAUGGUUGUUGGUCCAUUAAAUGAAGCUGUUGUGCACAAGCUAGAACAGGACUUUCCUUCAGUCUUUCAGCGAUGUAUACCAGAAGCCACCCAACGCAGUCAACAGGCUAUGGAGCGAGGAUUAGAAGAGUUCAAGAUUGUGGAUUAUUGCCGUAAGGGAAACUACUAUGAAUGUACCACUCUAAGUGCUGUUCAAGAAAUUUGUGAUAAGAACCGUCAUGCCUUGAUAGAUGUAGGUCUGUCAGCUGUGGAUCGUCUUCAUCGCUGUCAAGUCUUUCCAAUUGUGAUCUUUCUCAAGUUCAAGAGUACAAAGCAGAUAAGGGAAGUAAAGGAUUCAAGAUACCUCACAGAGAAACUGACAACUAAGGCAGCCAAAGAAAUGUAUGAACAUGCUCUUAAGAUUGAGAGUGAAUAUGAGCACCUCAUUAAUGCUGUGAUCCCUGGCUCCAACCUCACUUACUUGUGCACUCAAAUAAAAACUUGUGUUGAAGAAGAGCAAAGAAAAACAUGUUGGGUUCCUUGUGGAUCUUUAUAAGAAAUAAAGCUUGUAAAAACUGCAGAGUUAUUCCUGUGUUAUACAUAAAAGCAUAUAUAGGUCUGCUAGGUUCCUUGUGUGUCCCUGCAAUUAUUGAAAAGCGUGAUUUCAACCACUUGUUACUUGUAGAACUUUAUUAGUGAGAAGAUUAUACUAGUGAAUUUUUUUUUACAGUGAAGGACAAGUGAUAACUGCCAGUUUUAUUAGUCCCGGAUAAUGUGAACGGCAGAAUAUUGACUAUUGGUUUCUUUUGAAUCCUUAUUAGUGUGAAGAACAGUGUAAAAACUACUUGUUCACAGUGUGUGUGAAGAAUUUUUGUGGAUCUGUUUGAUUGUCGAUUCUUCUGUUUGCCAACAACAGCAGAAAAAGUAUUCCUUGCAUGAAACUUAUUAAAAUUUAUUCUGACGUUUCAAGUUUCUGAAAUAUAAAGGUUAUUUCAUGCGUUGUCUUUUGAGGAAGAGACCAAGUACUAAAUAAUAUCAAGAACACUCUGUUUAUUAAAUAUUGAUAAGAACGUUUGUGUUAGAGAGAGACUGUGCUAGGAGUGUCAUUGUAUGUUGAGACUGCAUACUUUCAAGCAUUGAGCUAUGAUUGAAAGUGCUUUCCAUACAGUUACUUCUGAUCUUCAACUUAACUGAGAAGGAUGUGUUUCAAUAUCUCUUGUAAGUACUUGUAUCCAAACAUAAUCUGUUUUAAUAGUGAAGCUGUUUUUGUUUGCCAGAAAGGCAUGGAACUAGAAAUAGAUUAAAUCCAUGGACAUUUUCUAGAGGUGCUAAACAAGGAAUAUCAUAGCACCUCAGGGCUACAUACUUCCCAGAACACCUUAGGGCUACAUACUUCCCAGAACACCUUAGGACUGCAUACUUCCCAGAACAAACCAUGUUUGUUUCCUAGAAGUAUGACUUGAACUAUUAAUAUCCUCAUAGCUUGAAAUUACAUGUUUCAAAAACCAGUCAGUUUUAGAUCACUGUAGUUCCCAGCAAUAUGUACCUAACUUUAUCAGUAUGCUGUGGAACUUCAUAAAUUUCAACCACAGACCUGAUUUAAGAUGAGAUCACUAUGAUGAAUAGAUAUCUAACUAAAAAAUGUCAGUAUUCUUUAAAGUUGCAUACUUCAAAGUUGAGGUCUGGUUUAAAGUGAGACCACGUGUCUCUGUGAGGUAAAUACUGGAUUAAGAAUGUCACUCCACAUUGAAACUGUAGACUUCUCAGGAUGGUGAAGUAUCGUAUCAGCUUGCUAUGUAAAGGUAGAGAAAUGUUUCUACUAGUUAUUAAUUAUUUAGAAGAGUUCCCUGAGAGUUACAAAAGGGUAGUUUCCAAAUGGGUACGGUAUAAGUAGAACUUGGUAAUAAUACCGGGUAGGUUCCCAUUGGGUAUUUCUAAGAGUUCGGCUACAUUGGUCCAGAGCUAAUUUUGUAAGAACUAUUUACAAGUAUCCAGUUGAAACUAUAAAAAAAUAGGUAGUAAUAGUUUCAAAGUGCAUGAUUACAGAAGAGUAGAACUUGGUAAACACUUUUAUUAAAAAUGAAUACUGUGAAAUAUGAUCUGGUAGAAACUUUCAGAACAUUUAGGUAUAGCAGAGUAAGAACUAGUAUUAUAGAUAUUCAGGGUUUAGAUAUAGUUGAGUGAGAUCACGUAGUGAUUUUCAAAGUGUCUAGAUACAGUUAAUUAACAUGAAGUAAUGGUCUUCAAAGUGUCCAGUUUCAGUUAAUUAAGAUCAAAUAAUGAUCUUCAGAUUAUCCUGUUGUAACCAGAUAAGAGUAAUUAAUGACCUUGAAAGUGUUCAUUUACAUUGGAGUUAAACAUAGUAGCAACCUUCAAAACUUUCAAGUACAGCAAAGUAGUAACUAGUAUAAAACGUAUUCUAAGCUUGAAACUACAAUAUAAGUAAGAACUGUUAUGAAUCUCCAAAGUAUGGAACUACAGGUGAGUAAUACUUGGCAAAACUUUCCAGGUAGUUAGUUUUCAAGCUGUUCAGUUGUAGUGUAAUAAUCUUCAAAUAUUAAGUUAAAACAAAGUAUGUAUGUAUUAGUUACCUUCAAAAUUUCCAGACUAAGUGGAGUAAUAAUUGAGCAGGACAAUGAAAGUAUACAAUUUAAGUGAAUUGAGAACUGGCAACGACAUUAGCGUGAAAUUUGACAGAAAUCUGCAGAGUUGUUAGCAAAUUGAUGUGCGAAUGGAUAGAAAUUAAAAUUCGUACAGUUGUUUAAGAUAGUUUUGAAAUCAUUGUUACUGUUAAGUAAAUUAUAACAAACUUUCAAAGUGUCCAAUUGCAAUGAAACAAAACUUGUAGUAAUGAUCAGAAAUGUUCAGAUACAGUAAAUUAAGAAAAGAAGUCAUAAUAUGUACUUACAGUCAAACAUGAGGAACCUUCAAAGUAUAUAGUGAUGGUGUGGAGUAACAUCUAAUAGGAACUGACAAAGGAUCUAUUCAUAGUAGAGUAGAAUAAGAACAGUAAGAAUCUUCAAAGCAUGUAAUUAUAGUUGGAUACAAACUGGAAAGAAUAUACAGAGUAUUCAGUUACAGUUGAAUACAAACUGGAAGAAAUAUUGAAAGUAUAUACAGAAUAUACAGUUACAGUUGAAUACAAACUGGAAGGAAUGUUGAGAGUAUGUAGUUAUAGUUGGAUACAAACUGGAAAGAAUAUAUAGAGUAUUCAGUUAUAGUUGGAUACAAACUGGAAGGAAUACACAGAGUGUGCAGUUACAGUUGGAUACAAACUGGAAGGAAUCUUGAGAGUAUGCAGUUACAGUGGAAUACAAACUGGAAAGUGUACUGACAGUAUGCUAUUACAUUUGAAUACAAACUGGAAAGUGUACUGACAGUAUGCUGUUACAUUGGAAUACGAACUGGAUUGAAUCUUGAGAGUAUGCAGUUACAGUGGAAUACAAACUGGUAAGAACUUUAAUAGAAUGAAAGUACAGUUAAUAAAGUUUGGUGUGAAGUUCAAGUUCGAGAUGAAGUUAAUGAAAAACAUUACAAGUCUUGAAACUUGGUGAUGUAAAAGAUGUAGGAAUCUUCAAAGUUUUUUUAACAAGUUGUAGAAUUUUUCAAUAUAUGCAUGAUGUAGUAAGAUUUGAUUGAAAAACUUCAUUUAAUGAGACCUUUUAUAUGAUAAAAUGUGUCAUUGUUAAAUGUACUGUAAGAGUUAAUGUAUCUUGUGUGAGGAUUUAAUUUGUUUUAUCCAUACAAGCUUCAUAAAAGGUAAACUACUAAUAAUAGAAAGGAAAAGAUGUGUUAGAGCCACUAUGGCUGUUCUGUCAUCUUUGUGUGUAUGUGAGGAACUGGUUAUACAUUUGGUUCUGUAAAUAGCAAUGUGGAAACCCAAAACUUGAAUUUUUUGUUCUAUAUUAUACAGCUUUAAGCCAGGAAUGAUUAAAAGCCUUUACUUAGUAUUAAGUGCUACAUAGCUUAUGAGCUAAUUUGUGUGUCUUAAAAUUUAGGUUUGGUUACAUGUACUCGACUGAUUCUAAAGGUUGAAAAACUAGUACAUUUUUUUGUGAGAUAUCAGUUUUAUAAAAUCAUAGAAGGUAAAGCUUUUUUUUUUGCUGAGAAACUUAAAUAUUUACAAUUUUUGUUGUGUCUGUGAAAUAAUUAAUUGUAAUGAGCAAUUCGUUUUUACAGGUAGCUACUAUUGUAACAUUGAAUAUAGCAUAUAAAGUUAUAAAUAUUUGACUUAAUACCCUUAACCAUUCUCUCAUUUAAACUAAGUAUUAAGACAGUUUGUAUUAAACCUGUUACAGUGUUAAGUAUUCUGAAGUAUAUAUUUUCACACACACUGUAUAGUUACUACAAGUAUAUGUAAGUUGUUUAAACUUGUAUAGAAUUUUAUGAACCUAAAGUACCUUGAUAUUAGACAAAGGGGAAUAGAGUUGUCCAUUGAUAGAAACAUAUAUAUAUUAAUUUUUAAUUAGAUUUGAUUUUUGACUCAAAAAAACAUUGUUCAAGAACUGUGUGUUCUUAUGAAGAAAAGUUAUUCGUGCACAAAAUUAUAAAGUUGUAAGUACCAGUGUAGGAGUAAACAAAAAUUGAAACACUAUAGUGUUUUUUUUUAGUAAGUAACAAAAUACCUUUAGUUAAGUUUUCACAAAUUGUAAACUACAGCUUUUUUAUGUUUCCGAAUUCUCAAGACUGCAAAUAUUUUUUAUGUAGUCAAUGACAUAAUUUGCAUCUCAGGAGAAGUUUAUCAUAUGAUCCUUAUUUCUAAAGUGUAAAGAUUUAUUUAAAAAAAAAAAAAAUUAGAAAGGGUACAUAAAGUUCUUCAAAUUUCAUUAAACCGAGUGUUUGAUAGAAUCCCUAUUUUCUGUCGGAUUGUACCAAAUCAAACGUGAAACAUAAGUGUUAUAAUUUUCUACUUAAAAACAAAAUGAAUUGGUCAUUGUAAUUUUUCAUUUGUAUUGAACAUCAAAACCUAGUAUAGUAGGUCUUGAUUUAUGAUAAACUUUACAAAUUGGAUGGAGGGAUGAUGACAUUAAGUAAAGGUUAUUAAUUACUAACAGACUAAAAAUGUGAUAUUCACCACUUUUAUGUCUUGUACAGUUUGAUGGUGUUGUAUCGCUUGGUUUUUUUGUUUCAAUUCUACCACAGAUGUAAAUAGUUAGAUGACAGAUUUACAAAUUUGGAAAGAAAAGGCAGCUAAAAUCAUGUCUUCCAGAGAAACGUGUACGUUAAUAUAAUCUGGCUUACAACUUUUUAAUAUUCCUGUCUUUGAAAUGUAUACCUCUAAAUUGUUCAGCGAGAGAUAAGGAUGCGGGAAAGUUGGUAAAUUAGAAUUAAGCCUAAUAGCAUCUAUGAGGUCUUGAGAGUGCAAUACAUCCAAUAUAACUGUGUUGUACAUGUUCAAAGUAUAUCUGAAUCAUGAUUUUUGCGUGUUGCAGAGAGUGUGAUUAUUAAGGUGUAUAAACUUUUAAACACAAUUUCAUUUGGUGAAAAAAAAUAAAGAAUGCUGUCAGGUAAACCAUUUGAAGUAUCUAAGCUAGAGAAACAAUUAUUUAAAGUUUUUAUUCACCAGGAACAACUUAAGUGACAGCCUUAUCAACAACUGCCCCCUCUAUAUCAGUAAAAUAGAAUAAUAUUCAAAGCAUUAAAUAGCCCAAUACAUCAAAAAUAACUUUAUAUAUGAAUAGUCCAGAUUUUCAAGGGAACUCAAAUUUUGAUUACAAGAUGAAUAAAAUGGAAUAUAAAUAUAUAUAAUAUAUACAUAUUUUCUGCUUUGUCCUAUGUCACUGACUCAAGUUUUAUAUUAUAGAUUUUUUUUUAGUACAUCUGUUAAAUUUUAUAAAAAGAGUAAAUUGGGUGUGAAAUUCAAUUAAUGUAUUUCAUUAAUAUCUAAGUAGUUUGUGAACUGUAACCUUGUCGUGUGGUUUGAUAGUUUUCAUAGCCAAACAACACUCUUGUGUAUCUGUUUAACUAAUGUAUGUGGCAUAGAAUAAUUCAAACAUACUUUUAAGUUGUGGUUUUGUUUAGCAUUUUGCCUUUAAGAAAAGUGUUAGAAGGAAUACACGGAAGUGGAACUUUUAACUUGUCUAAAAACAUUUACUAUACAGUUGUACAUUUUAUAUGAACUUUAUAUUAAUAUAUAGACAGUUUUAUAUUUCAGACAAAUUGAUCUUAAAAUCAUGUUAUUGUUUCUGCUAUUGCAUGUUGAUUUUUCCCCCCAUUUUCUACUCUUGUGUGGACAUAUUGUAAAUCGUCAUUAAAUAACCCAUGGCUUUUCCUCUCCCUCCCCCCCCCCCAUUUUUACUCGUGUGUGGACAUAUUAUAAAUCGUCAUUAAAUAACCCAUGGCUUCCCCCCCCCCAUUUUUACUCUUGUGUGGACAUAUUAUAAAUCGUCAUUAAAUAGCCCAUGGCUUUUCCCCCUCCCAUUUUUACUCUUGUGUGGACAUAUUAUAAAUCGUCAUGAAAUAACCCAUGGCUCUUCCUCUUUUAUAUAAAAUUCACAAUAGAAGCGAUUCCAGGUUUCUUCACAAGAGCUUUUUUUUCUUUAAUAUGUAUACACAAAGUCGCAUUUUCUGACAGUCUAUUAUUGUAGUAUUGUCGAUAAAAGUCAAUAGUGCAUUGUGAGUCAGAUUCAGUGCUCACUACAAAUGUAAUCGUUAUUCCGAUGAAUUUUUGUAUAAUUUAAUGUGUUUGUUCUUUAGGGGUGACGUUGCUGGAUAUAGCAAGUAUCUUGGGUGGGAUUAAUGCCCAGGAAGCGUUUAAUUUUAGUGAGAGGGCCGUGAUUUCUUUGAAGAGUUACAUUCUCGACUACCUAUAGAAACCUGUUGUUGCCUGUUGUUGACUAUCAAGUAAACGCUAGUUAAAAAUAAACCACAAUAGUAACAAAGUCUAGUUUUUAGCACAAGUUUUUUUAAUUCGAAGUUCUUGCCCUAGUAAAUCAGCACUCGGAAAGGCGUAUUCUCUUGAAUAUACAUAGUUACGAAUGCCGUAUUAGCUUAAUACUGUGAGGAUACUAUCACAAAUUUUCUUUUCGAAAAGUCUAUCGUCAGUUUAAUUAUGCAACCCAUACUAACACAUUGUCAGGUUUCAUUAAAAUAUAUUUAUUAGUUUGUGAGAAAUUUUUCUUUUGAAUUACAUUAACUGACAAAUAUCUGAAUUUUAAACUAAUGGUUUACCACUGUCGUGUUUAAAAAUACAUUUUCGUACAGACGCAUCCACACUCCUGCUAUUUCUAUACCUUCGAAGUCGGUUUUCCUCCAUUUGUCUGUGCUUAAAUGCCAUAGGGAAAUCGUGUACCCAGAAGCCUUCUGGGAAAACGUGUAUUAAUAUUCCCAUAGGAUGAUUAUCAUUAGAAACCACGGGUCACUAUGGUGGUUACUAUUCUCACAGACUACUUUGAAAGAUACGCCCAUUUAUUUGUUAUUCGAUUGUUGUUGUAACUACAGUACCGUACGACUGACUAACGCGCCAGAUAAACAUAAAACCACGGGCCUCUUACAGUUCGAUACGUGAUGAAUGUGCAGUGACAUAAUGGUCACGGUUAUUUCUGCCCUUUUACUUAGACUACUUUUAAUUGCGGGUGAAAAACUUGUGUUUUAGUUACUUUUGCUACUCAGAAUAGCCGCUUAUAUUUCGGCCCCUCUCCCUACACACUAAAGAUUAUAUAAAGUCAACUUUCUUUAUGGUAAACUUAAAGUACUUAUAAUUGAAUUACCUGCGCUGCGAGAAGCAUGUUAGAACUUGUUACUGAUACUGGGAAAUCACUGAGAAGUAACUGUGGUGUGUUUUGUACCUAUAAAAUAUACUAACGAAGAUUUUGUUUUCAGUUGUGGGUAUGUUUGUUGAUACUUACAAGAAAAUAAUUGCAAAAGGGGUCCGUUUUUCCCUAAGAUUUUUAAUAUGUUGCACAUCAGUGUUUCAUUGUCCACUAAUUUUAGUGCUCAACGUAUUUGAAAUGCUCAUAUCAAGGUUUAUGGCCGACUGAAUAGGCAGCUUUCAAUUAAAGGUAGGAUAACUCGUGAAAUGUGUACAUUUUUCACUCGGUGCUGACUAUAACAUAGUAUUUGUAGGUGUUAGCAAAGAAAUAUUUGGCUACUCUGUUUCUAGAAAUAUCAGUGGAUAUUAUAUACAAAGGACAUUAUUACAUUUAUGUAUUUCUUUAAGCUCUUGGUAGUUUUUGUAUGCUUGUUUUCCUCGUGGUAGACAUGUUAAAACUGUGAUAAACGGAGAGAACAACGGGCAAAGAUUCAGAAAACUAGUCGUAAGUCUCACUUGAGGAUGCACAAUCUGAUUGCUACACCAGGAUGAUACUGGUAAAAGGGGAAGCUGUAGAAGCCCACAAAAGAAAAUAUAUGAUCAUGUACAUGUACAAAAGUGUU